GUUUUGUCCAAAUCCCACCUUUCUUUUAGUCAGAGGCUUUUAAACAGAUGGACUGAGACUUUGGACUAAACAUGAUUGGUGACGGAACUAAUCCGUGUUUCCACAUGAUUUCCACACGGACCGGUUAUUGCGGAACACUCUGUACCAGCUGGCAGGACUGUAGACGUGUACAUACAGAGUGGUUUAUAUUUUUUAUAAGUUUUGCUUCCCGGUAAAAUUAAAGAGUGUUGAACUGAGUGGUGUUCAGCUGUAGGAGCGAUGGCCACAGUCGAAGAGCUGAAGUUUCGAAUCCGCGAACUAGAAAAUGAACUAAUAAAGUGCAAACAGCAUCGAAGCCAAGAGGAUUUUCAAAACCCAGUGUUUAGACCAAAGAUUGAAAAAAUGAGCGCCGAAGUUUUGGAUUCAAACCCUUAUAGCCGGCUGAUGGCUUUGAAACGCAUGGGAAUAGUUGAAGACUAUGAGAAAAUCCGCUCGUUUGCUGUGGCUGUGGUGGGGGUGGGAGGGGUGGGCAGCGUCACUGCAGAGAUGCUCACCAGAUGUGGCAUUGGUAAGUUGUUGUUGUUUGACUAUGACAAAGUGGAGCUGGCCAACAUGAACCGCCUCUUCUUCCAGCCACAUCAAGCAGGGCUCAGCAAAGUGGAGGCGGCAGAGCACACAUUGAGGAGUAUCAAUCCAGAUGUUGUAUUUGAGACGCACAAUUACAACAUCACCACUGUGGACAACUUCACACAUUUCAUGGAGCGCAUCAGUAAUGGAGGACUUCAAGAGGGAAAGAGUGUGGAUUUGGUGUUGAGUUGUGUGGAUAAUUUUGAGGCUCGGAUGGCCAUUAACUCUGCUUGUAAUGAAUUGGGACAGACAUGGAUGGAGUCUGGAGUGAGUGAGAAUGCUGUGUCUGGACACAUACAACUCAUCAUUCCAGGGGAAACCGCAUGCUUUGCUUGUGCGCCUCCACUGGUCGUGGCAGCAAACAUUGAUGAGAAGACUCUAAAGCGGGACGGGGUGUGUGCUGCCAGUCUGCCCACCACCAUGGGUGUUAUUGCAGGGAUCCUGGUGCAGAAUGUCCUGAAGUAUCUGCUCAGGUUUGGAACAGUGAGCUUUUACCUGGGCUAUAACGCCAUGCAGGACUUUUUCCCUACUAUGGCCAUGAAAGCCAACCCACAGUGUGAUGACAUACAGUGCAGGAGGCAACAGGACGACUACAAAAAAAAAGAAGCUGAGCGUCCCAAACCGGACGUAGUGGAGGAGGAGGAGGAGGAGGAAGUGGUGCAUGAAGAAAAUGAGUGGGGGAUUGAGCUGGUGUCUGAAAUCACAGCGGUGGAGCUUCAGGAUGCAUCAGGUCCAAAACCAGAUUUACCAGAGGGCAUAACUGUGGCCUACACCAUCCCCAAUAAGGAUGGGGAAAUAAAUUCAGACGAGACUGUGGAAGAGACAGACCAGAGUCUGGAGGAGUUGAUGGCACAGAUGAAGAAAUUGUAAAGGCAGAUGGUCUAAUUUUGCAUAAACACACUGUGCUCUGAGGAGCUACAAUCCACUACCAUUAUAGUCUUCUUGUUGUCAGGUUAACAAACUUCUCUUUGCUUUUAUAAAGACAUUACAGCUGCAGCAAAUAGUACACACUGACUGACCAUGAUUUCUCCAUUUAUUCAGCUUAUUAAGAGCUUGUCAAGAAAGAUAAAUGGGGAUGUUGAUGUUAGUAAAAAAUAUAUAUUAAUUAGAUAUUUCAUCAAAGUUUGUUUAGCUCAAGUGAAAAUGAAAUACAGAUAGUUGUGAGGAUCAAUGUUAAAUCUUUCUGACCUUUUAAACAUUCAUUUCUGUUAUUUCAAUUGCUCAAAGAGCCUUGAGCUCCAGAGGUCCUUGCUCAAUAAAGUAUUUAUUGACAUUCAGAGAAA